AAAAAAAAGAAAACGAAAAAGAAAAAAAAAACGAUAAAGCAACAACGUGCAAGUGUGUGGGUGAAAGAGACAGCAAAGACUUAGUGAAAGCAAGCAAGCGAGUGUGAGAGAGUUGUGUGUGUGUGUGUGUGUGUGAGAGAGAGAGAGAGCUCCAGCUCCCAGGAGCAACUCCAACUUCUCUCCAAAUAAAAAAAAAGGAACCGAAAAAAAUUAAAAAUAUUAAUAAUUAUGUCUUCGAAUAAUCAAACCAGUGGGGCAACAAGUGCCCCAAACGCCACCUCUCCCCCAAGUGGCAAAAGCAAUGCCACCACAGAUGCUGCUGCCGCCUCCACCAACUCCAACUCUAACGCCAACUCAAAUCCCAGUCCCCCCCCUUCACAGGGCAAACCGCAUGGCGGUCAUACGGCAGUCAACACCAAAGAGCGUGUGGUGGACAGUGUCCCAUUCCCGCCCAGCCACAAAUUAACUUUGGCCGAGGUAUUUGAUCCGCGCACAGGCAAACCCAAUCAUGAUCUCCUCAAGCAGCAUUUCAUAUUGGAGGGACGAAUCGAGGAGGCACCAGCCCUUAAGAUAAUACAAGAGGGAGCCGCCUUGCUGCGCCAGGAGAAGACAAUGAUUGAUAUUGAGGCUCCGGUGACAGUGUGCGGUGACAUUCAUGGCCAAUUUUAUGAUCUCAUGAAGCUAUUCGAAGUGGGCGGCUCACCGGCCACCACCAAAUAUCUCUUCCUGGGCGAUUAUGUGGAUCGAGGCUAUUUCAGCAUCGAGUGUGUCCUGUACUUGUGGUCAUUAAAGAUCACCUAUCCGCAAACUCUAUUCCUGCUGCGCGGGAAUCACGAGUGCCGCCAUCUAACUGAAUAUUUCACAUUUAAACAGGAAUGCAAAAUUAAGUACUCGGAACGGGUCUAUGAUGCCUGCAUGGAUGCCUUCGAUUGUCUACCAUUGGCCGCUCUAAUGAAUCAGCAAUUUCUCUGUGUCCAUGGCGGACUCUCACCGGAGAUACACGAAUUGGAGGAUAUACGUCGUUUAGAUAGAUUUAAAGAGCCGCCAGCGUUUGGGCCCAUGUGCGAUCUACUAUGGUCCGAUCCGCUCGAAGAUUUUGGUAAUGAGAAAAACUCCGAUUUCUAUACGCACAAUUCAGUGCGCGGCUGUUCGUAUUUCUAUAGCUACGCCGCCUGCUGUGACUUCCUUCAGAACAACAAUCUGUUGUCCAUCAUCCGUGCCCAUGAGGCUCAAGAUGCCGGCUAUCGUAUGUAUCGAAAGAGCCAAACCACCGGCUUCCCAUCAUUAAUCACAAUAUUCUCGGCCCCCAACUAUUUGGAUGUCUAUAAUAAUAAGGCCGCCGUCCUUAAGUAUGAGAAUAAUGUGAUGAACAUACGGCAAUUCAAUUGCUCUCCACAUCCCUAUUGGUUGCCCAAUUUCAUGGAUGUGUUUACCUGGUCGCUGCCAUUUGUGGGCGAAAAGGUCACCGAGAUGCUGGUUAAUGUCUUGAACAUAUGCUCCGACGACGAGCUAAUGACCGAAGAGAGCGAGGAGCCAUUGUCUGAUGAUGAGGCCGCCCUGCGUAAGGAGGUCAUAAGGAAUAAGAUUCGAGCCAUUGGUAAAAUGGCACGCGUCUUCUCGGUUCUGCGCGAGGAAUCGGAGUCAGUGCUGCAACUCAAAGGUCUGACGCCCACAGGAGCCUUGCCCCUGGGUGCUCUAUCCGGUGGCAAGCAGUCUCUUAAGAAUGCCAUGCAGGGCUUUUCGCCCAAUCACAAGAUUACCUCAUUUGCGGAGGCCAAGGGCCUAGAUGCGGUUAAUGAAAGGAUGCCGCCGCGGCGGGAUCAACAGCAGCAGCCGACGACGACGACGUCAACGACCAGCGAUCAUUCAAAUCAAGGCAACAAUGGGUCGGCGCAUGGGUAAACCAUCAACAAUCCCAGCAGCAGCAGCAGCAGUUGCAGCCAGUAGCAGCAACCUUUAACCUUUAAGCUUAAAUGUGGCAGAUUAACAACUUAAAAACUUAUAUAAAAAACAAACAAAUGGAAAAAAAAAAAACAGAAAAAUUAUAUACAAUAACUACCAACAUGUUCUAUAAUAAUUCUAUAAGCAGCAUGAAAUUGAAAUGUAUUUGAAUAUAUUAUUGAAUGGAAAAUUCCAAAACAAAACAAAAACAAAAGAUGAAAAAAACAAUUCCAGGCUCGUGGAAUAUUAUGUGGCAUACUUUUAAGGGCCUCUCCCCAACCAACACUGUUUUAAAUUCCGAUUCCGUCAGUUGUAUAUGUAUCUAUCUUUAAUAAUUGUUCUGAAUUUCGAUUCGCAAGAAACAACAACACUUUGUCAUUUCCAAACCAAAAUCAAAUUUAUAUAUACAUAUGUAUGUAUAUAUCCAUAUAUACAUAUAUAUGUAUGGCCUGAGAAACGAAACGCUUACAAACUCAUUAAAAACAAAAACAAAACUAAUCGAUUUUGAAAUCUUUAAUGGAAUUUUGAAUCGCAAUUUGAGAGCAUAUCUCUUCCCCCUACCUUCCCAUGCAUAUAGAAAUUAUUGAAAUAUUCUAUUGAAUUGAAUUGAAUUGUACGGAAUCGAAGUUUCAAUACAGCCUCAAAUGUUAAAUUUUAAGUUGAAAAUUGAAAAGAAAUGGAAAACAAUUUGAAAAUUAAGUAAAAGAAAAAAGCACUAAUAUGUUGUAAACAUUUUUAGCAGCGCCAAAAGCAAAAAAACAAAAAAAAACACAAAACACUUGCAGAACAAACAAAUUGUGCAAUCUUUUUAUUACUACAUAUUAAUUAAUAUUAUCUAUAUAUAUAUAUAUAUAUAUAUUCAAAUUAAACAUUUCAAUAUCUUGGAGAAAAUACAAAACAUAUUUUGCAGUAUGUGCCGCAAUAGUCCAUAAAUGUUCCUUAUACAUGCAUAUACACAUAUACAUAAAAACAAAAAAAAAAAAACAAAACAAAAAAAAAUAAUAUAAUUAAUUAACAAAUUGUUUAAUGAGAAGCAGAAAGCCUGCGCAUCUACAUAAAUCUACAUUAACAAAAGAAAACGCAAAAGAGAGGCAAAAACCAAACCACACUAAAAACAAAACAUUUACCAAAAUAAGGUAAAAGGUUUAUUAAGUAAAACUUGAUGAAUACGUAACCAAUAUAAUUCCUUCCUUUUAAACAUG